CAUCGGUACUGAUGUCCAUCAGCCCUCCAGACAAUGCUUACCCCGACGGCUCUGCGAGGAAACCAUCGAAACUGCCUUACUAUGUCUAUCUCACAGAGGAAGCCGCUCAGAUAUUCGAGAAAUCAACGCGUGAAGGCAGCUACGCGCUUUCUCCGGACGAACGCUGGUGGAGUGCACGCGAAUCUUGUCUGUUCUCUGCCGGUUAUUCACUAAGACCACGCUAUCACGCGAACUGGAGCCCGUCAUGGCUGGGAACCAGGCUCAACCCAUUAUUCUGCGAGGACUCGAUAAUGAGCGAGCGUUACCACAUCAUGGACGCCGUACGAAAGAGAGACGGUGCGGUAGUAACGAUCAAGAUGGUGAAGAAAGACACGAGAGAAGUUGCCAUUGCUCAAUACCUUUCCUCUGCGACUCUGGCCAAAGAUCCUCACAAUCACUGUGUAUCGGUCUUUGACGUCUUGCCAGACCCUUUCGAGCCGAAGAAGAUGCUGAUGAUCAUGCAAUAUCUACGCCCGUUUGAUGAUCCUCCAUUCAUGGCUCUUGGCGAAGUCAUCGACUUCAUCAGCCAGACACUCGAGGGGAUAUCGUUUCUGCAUCGGCAUCGAGUAGCGCAUCGAGACUGUGCAGGCGCUAACAUCAUGAUGGACGGUCGACCUUUAUACCCUGAGGGCCACCACCCAGUCAGCCGGGACCUGUCCACGGAUGCGAUAUAUGACAUCGUACCACGCUCCCGCCUGGACCACCCUGUUCGAUACUAUUACAUCGACUUCGGAAUCUCAUCCUUCUUCCCCGUCGGUGCACCCCCUCUGGUCUUGGGUCUGGAUGGAAGGGACAAGGAGGUACCGGAGCUAUCUGACCGCGCUCCAUACAAUGCAUUUAAGGUCGACAUAUUCAUACUCGGAAAUCUGUAUAGGAAGCACUUCGUCCAGAAAUACAACGACUUCAAGAUGCUCGAGUCUCUCAUCGACGGCAUGACUCGGAAGAUACCCGAAGAACGGCUGACUGCCGACGAGGCGGUGGUGUUUUUCCAGGGCAUCCGGUCUACGGUAGACCCCGUCCAAUGGCGCGCAAGGUUGCGGCCGCGUGGCGAGAGCACUCCUGAAUGGAUGCUGAACAAUGCUGUUCACAUGGCAAGAGAAGGUGUUUAUCGCAUGAAGAAACUGGUAGCAUAGUCUUCUGUUGCUCGCUCACGACACGAGACCCCCAUUCCACCUCUCGGCUGGUCAUCAUUGCUUUCGGCGCUUUGUCACAACUAUCGGCUCAACAGGUAUCAUUAUUCACAUUGUAUUCAAAUUGUACAGCUCUACCAGGAAUCAAUGGGUGUCUCGCGGGUUCGCUUCCUGUUCUGAGCAUAACGUAUCAUGCGGUUC